GUGCCAAAUAUACAAGCACUCGGAAAAAUUCCGCGCAUUAAAUUAUGGCUUCAAGACAACACUCUUACUUCUGUUUAUCCAAUUCUUGACUUAGAAACUGAUCAAAUCGAAUCGGUGAUAUCAGCUGGUGGCAAUGUUUUGGUUCAUUCAGUUGCUGGAAUAUCACGGUCUGCAACUAUCUGCCUUGCAUAUCUCACUAAAUUUCGGUGUAAAUCGCUUCGAGAAGCUUAUCAUGUAAUGUCGAAAACCCGACCUCUUGUCAGGCCUAAUAUCGGAUUUUGGCGGCAACUUAUUGCAUAUGAACAAGAUAUCAAACAAAGUAAGGGAACAGUUCGUUUAAUCAAAGACAAGACAAAUUUUGAUGAACUCAUCCCUGAUGUUUAUUUUAGUCAAGAAAUUGAAACUUCAAAGUCUUUGGAGGUAAAGUUUUGA